UUCAACUGAACAUAGAAUGCUUGCAGUUUGUGUGUUCAUCAUAUUAUUAUACAUCAUUCCAAUUAAUUCCAUCCAAACAUGUCAACUAAUCAAGAUGAUCAAGAAAAGACUCGCAAAUGACACGCCGAGCUCAUCAACGAGCUUCCAAAAGCAGACGGGUGGGUUCAACAACAUGUGUUGCUAUAUCAGGGCCAAUGGUUACAUUCCUUUAUCUUGUUGGGUGCCACUCUGAUGCAAAACCACUUCAACUAUCGGUCUACUGAUAUCUUCUUGUGUUCCUUCAUAAAGGCUGGGACAACCUGGCUGAAAGCCCUCAUGUUCGCCAUCAUGAACCGCUCCCGCUUUCCUGAUUUCUCUGACCAUCCUCUGCUUCGUCAGGGACCGCAAAGCUGUUUUCCAAGCCUUGAUCCUUACAUAUCUCAAGACCAUGCUAUUACUAACAUGGACCUCUUGCCUUCACCUCGUUUAAUUUCCUCUCAUUUUGCGUUUAAUUUGUUUCCUUCCACAUUUCAAGAUGAGUGUAAAUUUGUUUACAUUUGUAGGGAUCCAAAAGAUGUUUUUGUCUCCAUGUUUCACUUUGUGAAACAAAUGAGACCAAAACACCUACCUGCCCUAUCAUUCGAUAAAGCUUUCGAGUUGUUUUGUGAGGGUGUUAUGGAUUAUGGACCUUAUUGGGAUCAUGUAUUGGGAUUUUGGAAAGCUAGUCUUGAACAUCCAGAUAAGGUAUUGUUCUUAAGGUAUGAAGAGAUGAAAAAAGAGCCAGAGGUUCAUGUCAAGAGGUUGGCAGAGUUCAUGGGGGUGCCUAUUUCGGUUGAGGAACAAAAAAACCAAGUGGUGGAAAAGAUUAUUACUCUUUGUGGCUUUGAGCAUUUGAAGAACUUGGAGGUAAACAAAUCCGGAAAAUAUACGCAUAUUAACAACAAACCUGUUUGUGGUAAUCAUGUUUUUUUCCGACGAGGUGAGGUGGGAGAUUGGCAAAAUCAUUUAACCAAAGAGAUGGGGGACAAAAUUGAUCAAAUUACUCAAGACAAGUUCAAAGAUUUCGGUUUGACACUUGAUGCAACUCUCAAAUGACAUUGGUCAUGAUGACCAAUAUAUGCUAUUUGGAUUUCAACCUUACGUACUACUAUAUGAGAUAAAUAAGAAUGUCAUUUCCAUUUCUAUAUGUAAGAUCUACUUAUUGUAUUAAUUUGAUGAUUUAUGUAAUAUGAAUUUUUU